UUUACUCUGACGGAAAUGACAUAGUCGUCGAGGUCACUGAUCCAAGGUGGACUGGAACUUGACAUUCAUUUACUAUUUCGUUACGAUAACAGCAUAUAUAUUUUAAUGAUUUUCAACACCAUUUUGAUAACAUCUCUGGGCAGUUUGUUUGCGAGGAGAUGUCUGGUGAAGUUCUAAACGCACAGCAUAUGCCAGGAGACCGAGGGUGGAGGCUAGAGUCUAAGACACUACAGGGCAAUACUCCUCACAGACACAUCAUUGUAGAGCCUGAGGAAGAGCUCUCGUCUUCUUUCACCCUUACCAGGAAGAUCUCCCUUUUUAAGUCGCCCGAAAGAAUGGAGGAAGGACCUUAUAAGUGUGUUAGAGAUGGAAACGGAACAGUGAAUCGGGUCAUUAGGAUGGGGACCAGGAAGAGCCAGUUGGCUCGCAUCCAGACUGAUUAUGUGGCAGAGAAACUGAAGACACUUUAUCCAGAUGUCCAUCUGGAAAUAGUUGCCAUGUCCACAAUUGGUGACAAAAUCUUGGACACUGCGUUAUCAAAGAUAGGUGAGAAAAGUCUUUUCACAAAGGAGCUCGAGAAUGCGCUGGAGAGGAAUGAGGUAGACCUAGUAGUGCACUCUCUUAAAGACCUCCCGACAACUCUGCCCAAUGGCUUCACUAUAGGAGCAGUGCUUCAGCGUGAAAGCCCACAUGAUGCAGUGGUGCUACAUCCAAAGAACAGUGGACUGACCCUGGACACUUUGCCAGAUGGCAGUGUGAUAGGUACUAGCUCUCUGCGUCGGGCUGCUCAGCUGAAGAAGAGGUUUCCUCAUCUGGAGUUUAAAGACAUUCGAGGUAACCUCAACACUCGUCUGAAGAAGCUGGAUGAGAAGGAGGACUAUGCUGCCAUCAUCCUGGCGGCAGCAGGGCUGAAGAGGAUGGGGUGGGAGGCACGAGUCAGCCAGGUUCUUGGCCCUGAGGACUGUAUGUAUGCUGUUGGCCAGGGUGCCCUUGCCGUGGAGGUGCGGGCGCGAGACUGUGACAUCUUGGAGAUGGUGUCUACCCUGCACCACUCAGAGACUGUGCUGCGCUGCAUCGCAGAGAGGGCCUUCCUCAGACGCCUGGAGGGAGGUUGCAGUGUACCAGUUGCUGUGAACACAGAAGUGAAGGACUCGGUGCUCUCUCUGACUGGUGCUGUGUACAGCCUGGAUGGAGCUGACAGCUUGAAGGAGGCCAUGGAAACCAGUGUAGACCCAGGAAAUAAGUUAGAGUCGGCGGCAGACAUCCAGCAUGUUGGGGUAACAGCCCACAAUGUGCCUCAGUGUGCCCAGGUAGCAGCUGAGAAGCUGGGGGUGGACCUGGCCAAUCUCCUGCUCAGCAAAGGAGCCAUGGAGAUACUGACCACUGCUCGGAAACUCAACGACGCACGCUAAGGCCCUCUCUCCACUCCUACAGCGGGUCCCAAUGUGCUCUCGACCCCUUCCUUUGGCUCUCUAACCUUUUGGCCAAGGGGAACAAGUAGGGAGCGGAUUGGGACUGGCUGCCAAACACUGUGCAAGCCAUCAUCAGCAUCCAAGACCAGCAGAAGUCGGCAGGGUCUUGAAUAAUGUUUACUCUGAAUAUGUACAGAUUCACCUCAGUUGUAUAAGCUAAAUGUACAUGAUCCUAUUUAUGUAUGAGCUACUACUCUUGAGAAUGGGUAAAUACUAGGUGAACAUUUGUAUAGAUGCUGAGGGUUAAGAAUGUACCAAACAAAGAUUUCUGUGAGUAUGACUGACCAACUCCACACACAGUAUUACAAUUGAACCGUAUGACACAUCUCAGGCAAGGCCCCUGGCCUUUUUUUAAUCACUUUUCUAAACCAGAACAAAAUGAUGUUCAAACCUGGAAUAUAUUGACAGCAAGAGAAUAUAUAACUAUCAACUCUUACUGGAAAAUGUCUCAUACCGAUAGUGCCAUGUUUGUAUACUAUGUGCUUUCUAUGAAGCCUUCAUAUCUGCUUCAGCUCUAUAAAUACCGACCAGUUGUACUGAGUGAUUACUGCUUUUUGAGGUCGUUUCGAUUAUUUAAAAAAUGAUCACUGGUUUAGAUUUAAAUGUUAUACAUUAAAUGCUCUAUGCAUUGUGGGUUGAAUGCAGUAACAGAUUAAAACAAUAAAAGUCCCAUGAUGGUAGUGACUGCCCAUCAGUUUACCAAAUGUAAUUUGUGUAUAUUACAUGUUUGAUAUUUCAUUUGGUGAGCUGCUGCCAUUUUAGUUAUUGAAGGGCAUACUUUUGACUGAAUACCGACUAUCAGGUAGAGCUCCUGUAUCCCUCUUGAAUGUCUGUAGCAGGUGUAAAAGAGAAACAGAACGCGUAUGCGGAUAAUGGUCAUUGUAGUUAAUUACGUUUUCUGCAUAAAACUACAACUCCCUAAAUCGCUAUUUGGGUUUGAUCUGAUUUAUCUCUAUAGAGAAACUGCGCACUAUGCGCACAGAAAGAACGAAAUUGAAUUCAAAUUGAACCGAUGUAGGUCAGUUAUUCGUUUAAUUGCUCAGCACUACAAACCAGUGCGGCUCCUGAACACUUCAUUGGGUACAAACUACACAUCGCCUUUGUUUCAUCAGAUUGUUUGGAGUCCACGCGAACCUUUCACAUCCAGGGCUAGCGGAAUUUCCCAAUAUGAGAUGUAGAGACAUUACACCUAGUUAAUGUGGUCUGGACAAACUAGGCAAAGGUAAUCGCCAUGGCAUGUCCUUUGAGAACUACGGUUUGUAUAUUGGUUAGCCAAGUUCCCCCAACAGUAGUGUAGUGGCUAUUGUUAGCAUGCUCAACCCUGUCGCAAACGCUUACGGUUAGCUCUUUAAAUCAAACAUUGAUUUUACUCACUUGUCUAGCCUUCGAAUGCAUACAAAACGUGACAAGAUGUAUCAAAAGAAUAUUUAUUGCAACCUAAGAAUUUUUAGCGCGAAAAAACAGCACAUUUUCAACAAAGGAAAAUAGGAAUGGAAAUUUAACAAUUUUCAGAAUGUGUGGGUGGCCCUUAAAAGGGCCUUUUGGUUGAAGAGUUCGGUGGAGGUUUAUUUAAAUCGCCAACUAAUAUUCUUGGGACUGUGAGGAAGCCUUCUUUCCCGCCUUCCCGCUUGGUGCAGCGGCCGCCCCUGUCUUCUUUGGUAGCAAAACAGCCUGGAUGUUGGGCAACACACCUCCCUGGGCGAUGGUUACACCGCCGAGUAGUUUGUUCAACUCCUCGUCGUUACGAACGGCCAGCUGCAGAUGGCGGGGGAUGAUACGGGACUUCUUGUUGUCCCGAGCGGCAUUGCCAGCCAACUCCAGGAUCUCAGCCGUCAGGUACUCGAGGACAGCAGCCAUGUACACAGGAGCACCAGCGCCUACUCUAUGGGCGUAGUUGCCCUUCCUCAGCAGACGGUGGACACGACCUACGGGAAACUGAAGACCCGCGCGGGAGCUGCGGGACUUUGCCUUAGCGCGGGCCUUUCCUCCGGUUUUGCCUCGUCCAGACAUGAUGCAGAUUCUCAAGAUUCAGGUAUAGCAGAUAAACAAACAGAUUGUGGUUCAAGGAAAUAA